AUGACGACCUCUCUAGAAGCCCUCAAGAACAUCAAGGCCCUCACCUUCGACACCUUCGGAACCGUAGUCGACUGGCGAUCCUCAGUAGAAGAGGGCCUCAAGGCCGCCCUCAAAACCAAGAUAGACUCACCCUUGUUCCACUCCCUCCCGCCAGGCCUGCAACAGCGUGCCCAGGAGCUGACAGACGCCGACUGGGCCACCUUUGCCCAGCAGUGGCGCAAUACCUACUCCGCCUUCACCCUGGGCUUCAGGGCGGGCGAGACCCCCUGGAAGGACAUCGACACCCACCACCACGACAGCCUCGUCGAGCUGCUCGCAAGAUGGGAGCUCGACGGCCUGUACACGCCCGAGGAGAUCAGAGACCUGAGCCUGGUCUGGCACCGGCUGCGGCCCUGGCCUGACUCCGCAGAGGGCAUCCACGCGCUGGGCGACGACGGGCUGGGUCUGGUGACGGCCACGCUGUCCAACGGGAACAAGUCCCUGCUGGCCGACCUGAACACCUUUGGCGGCCUGGGGUUCCGGGUCCUGAUCUCGGCUGAGGACUUCCGGGCCUACAAGCCGGACCCGAAAACCUACCUCGGCGCGGCCGAGAGGCUCGGGGUGGCGCCGGAGGAGGUGGCCAUGGUGGCUGCGCACCUGGGUGACCUGGAGGCGGCGAGGCGGCUGGGCCUCAGGACCAUCUAUGUCGAGAGGGCGAGGGAGGAGGCUUGGGCAGCUGGCGAGGAGACGUAUCGGAGUGCGAGGGAGUGGGUGGAUCUUUGGGUCGGGGAGCGGGAAGGAGGGUUUGUUGAGGUUGCAAGGAGGCUUGGGGAGUGUGGCUUGAAAGGAGGAUCUUGA